CUACUCGUGAUUGCGUGCCUACGUUGCGUGCUGGCGUCAGAGCGACGGUGGCGCGGCCGAUCUGGUUCCCGCCAUCUGCCCUUUCGUGAAGGGAAGGAAGGCCGGGUGAGAACGAGGCGAGGCUUGGCCUUGAAGGUAGACCCGGUGCCCGCGAACAGAGAGAGAGGGAGAAGGCCUAAAGACGGAGCCAAGCCCGAACGGGCUUGCCGAGAAGGGUUUGCGUUUCCUAUCAGAUUUAAUUUCAUAAAUUAUUUGUAUGAAAACAUGACUCUGCUGAAAUUAUGUGGAUCUAUUCGCAUGCAUAGCAUGCAGACUGGGACUACCAAAUGGAAAGAAGGGACAUUUGAAAUAGUGGAUAAGGACAGCAAAGUGACUCUGGUGAUUCACUACAAUGCUGGAGGAAUUCCAAAGAUGUUUCAGCUAAACCGUAAUAUUAAAAAAGUGGUUGUGCAACCAAAUAAAGGGAAACUGUGUCGGCUGAUGAUAACACUAAAGGAUUCUAGUUUCCUCAUGGUGGACAAAAUACCAUUGAAAGAUGCAGAGGAAAUGAAGCUGUUUUUGGAGGGGGUUCAAAACGGGACGCAUGCAGCUGUGAAGAUACCACUGGGAUCUGGCAGUUUUGUAGGUGUUCUAGGCAACAGAGGUACACAGAAAGAUUCUUAUAGGCAGUUCCCAUACACAGAAAACCAGAAAAGAGGAAAUGUUGAAAGUAAGGUGCUGAGUUCUCCAGGAAGAACAUCAGUUAAGAUCACACCAGUACCUGGAAUGUCUGGCAACAGGUUCAAUGGUUCCACUUCUCCCGCUACUUCAACACCUCACAGAACAGGCUUGUUGGAAAAUCGUGAAAGGAGAAAAAGGGCACCAACUACUCCAGAGAUGAAUGAAGAUUAUCCUAAAGAGAAUGAUUCUUCAACCAAUAAUAAAGCUAUGACGGAUCCAACACGCAAAUUCUUACAUAGCUGUAGAGAAAAGCAGCUGAAUUUGAAACAGGCUGAAGAGAACAGGGCAUCAGGGCUUUUGCCUUUACAGUCAUCUUCAUUCUAUGGUAGCAGAUCUUCAAAGGAUUAUUCAGCUGGCAAUUCCAAUUUGGACAGAUCUAAUGUCUUGAAUCAGACUCCUUCCGCCAAAAGAACCUUGGGGUUUCUCUCCCAGCCAGCUCCUCUCUCUGUUAAAAAAAUGAGAUCUAAUCAAGAUUACAUGGGAUGGAACAAGUCACGAGUUCCCCUUUCCACUCACCCACAACAGCAGUUGCAAGGAUUUGCAAACUUAGGAAAUACCUGUUACAUGAAUGCUAUUUUACAAUCCUUGUUUUCAAUUCAGUCAUUGGCUAAUGAUCUUUUGAAGCAAAAUAUCCCAUGGAAGAAAGUUCCAUGCAAUGCACUAAUCAGACGUUUUAGCGUCUUGCUUGCUAAAAAAGAUGUCUGUAGCUUUGAGGCAAAGAAAGAGCUACUUAAAAAGGUGAAAAAUGCAAUUUCAGCUACUGCAGAAAGAUUCUCUGGUUAUAUGCAAAAUGAUGCCCAUGAAUUCUUAAGCCAAUGCUUAGAUCAAUUGAAGGAGGACAUGGAGAAGCUGAAUAAAACUUGGAAGAGUGAGCCAAGUUCUGGUGAAGAUAGCUCUGUAGGACGUAUAUCUGAUGACUUAUCAGCUACCCGAGUUUAUACAUGUCCAAUUAUUACAAAUUUAGAAUUUGAAGUUCAGCACUCUAUCAUAUGUAAAAUGUGUGGUGAAACAGUCACAAAACGGGAGCAGUUUAAUGAUCUUUCCAUUGACUUGCCACGAAGGAAAAAACUUCUUCCAUCUCGAUCUAUCCAAGAUUCCUUGGAUCUCUUUUUCAGGGCAGAGGAAAUAGAAUAUUCCUGUGAAAAGUGCAAUGGAAAAUCUGCUCUUGUUACACACAAAUUCAGUCGGUUACCCAGGGUAUUGAUUCUUCACCUGAAACGAUACAGCUACAAUGUGGCACUCUCCCUCAACCACAAAGUUGGACAGCAAGUGGUCAUACCAAGGUUUUUAACUCUUCAGUCUCACUGUACAGAAAGCACAAGGCCUCCACUUAAUCUGGGGUGGAGUGCGCAAUCAACAAUCUCUCGGCCACUGAAAGUGUCUCAGAUGGUGAAUUCCUGCUCUGUUAGCCCUUCUACUCCCAGUCGAAAAUACACAUUCAAAUUUAAAGGCCCUGUUGUAAGCACUAUGGAUUCAGACAGUGAAGAGGAACCAUUGAAACGUCCUGUUACAAACAGUCCGAAACAAUGUGAUAAAGCACAGCAGCGAGAUGAUCUAGAGAAGAGCUCCAAGAGAGUCAGAACAGAGAGUGAGAAGGCAUCAGAAUCAACAAAUGCUGGCUUUGAUGGGAUGAAUGAGGACGAACUCCUAGCAGCUGUCCUGGAAAUGAGUAAGAAGGAGACAUCACUGUCAUUAAGUCAUGAUGAAGACAAACCCACCAAUAGUCCAGAUACUGGCUUUGGAGAUGAGGAGUUGCAGGACUUGCCAGAUAAUACGGAACCUAUGGAUGUUGAGAAACCCAGAGUGUCUGCAGAAUCAGGUUUUGCCACUUUUACAGAGAUAACUAAAGAUUUUGAUGAAAAUAAGGAGAACAAAACUCCAGAAGGCGCUCAGGGGGACAUUGAUUGGCUGCAGCAGUAUGACCUGGAGCGAGAGAGAGAGGAACAGGAACUGCAGCAGGCUUUGGCUCAGAGCCUCCAAGAACAACAGGAGGCGAGAGAACAAAAAGAAGAUGAUGACCUUAAACGAGCCACUGAAUUAAGUCUACAAGAAUUUAACAACUCUUUGCUGGACAGUCUUGCGUCUGAUGAAGACUCUGGGAAUGAGGACUUUCUAGACAUGGAGUACUCAGAAGCAGAGGCUGAGGAACUGAAACGAAAUGCUGAGACAGGAGAGCUUCCUAAUUCGUAUCGCCUCACUAGUGUUGUCAGCCAUAUUGGAGACACAUCAUCUUCAGGUCACUAUAUUAGUGAUGUGUAUGACAUUCGCAAGCAGGCGUGGUUCACGUGCAAUGACUUGGCAGUGUCCAGAAUUCAGGAGGCCUCGGUGCAGAGUGACAGAGACCGCAGUGGCUACAUCUUUUUUUAUAUGCACAAGGACAUAUUUGAUGAGUUGCUAGAAGUGGAAAAGAAUACGCCUUGUGUGACAGCCCCUGCAAAGAGUGUUGUUUCCUAAGCGCAAAGUAUUCUGAACUUGUAUCUGAUGUGCAGGAGCCACAAACCUUCAAGAACUCAGGGCAUCGUUGAGACAAAUCCCUUGGAGUUGGAGGAAUGGACCAUUGACUUCAUCCAUGCAGUUAAAUAUCUUCUAUCCAAAGUUCUCUUCCUUUUCCUCUGGUUAUGACAUUCAAGAAAUUAUUUUGCCACCAAUGGAAGUAAAUCAAGAUAGUGGAUCAACAGCUCCUUCAGAAACUCAUCAAAGGAUAGAAUGAAAGGAGACUGCAAGUUCACCCAUUUACCUACUGCAGGAAAAUGGAGAAGAUCAAUUUUGGAAAGUUUUUUCUCACACACAUGAACAAAAUAAGCAAUAGUUUAUAAUCUGGCAUAUUUUGUGUCCAAAAUGUUCACUGGAAAGUGGUUAUAGCUAGGCAGCUAAGUGGUGUUCCUUAAAAUUGUGAACGGAUGAAUUUGGGCACUCAUUAUUUACAAUCCAGGAUUGAAAGGAUCCAAGAAACUUGGUGCUCUGGAACCUGUUGCAUAUGCCAUCUUUAUAGUUCACUUUCUUCCUUGUUUCAUAAUAAUAUUAUAUAUAUAUAUAUAUACACACACACAUAUAUAUAUAUUUUAAAUUCAGAAAGUUUUUAUUCUUUUUGACUGCGUUCUUUUAUGUACUGCCAUUUGCAGGACAAUUUUAUUUCUCUGAGUGUGUGUGUAUGUUGAUCUGUAUCUGUUUGCUGUGUCUCACUUAAGACUCUCCCAUUUGGGCUGUUAGUGGGGAAGGCUGCUAACAGUGGAAGCUUUCAGAUCUAGCCUUUGCCAGACCCUUUGUCGGGCAUUGCCCAGCCAGCGCUAAUAGGCAAGAGAAGCACGAACAACAGCAGUUCUGUUCUGCUUCUCCUUGUAUUUGCAUCAGCCUUCAGGCCUGAGAAACCACCCAUGCUUGAAGGGAGAUCGCGUUCCCAAAUUUACCAUAUUGGACAAGAAUCAUAUGCUGACAGAUGAAACCUUAACAUAUAUUUGGAUUUGUCCUAGUUGCCUCUGAUAAGAGCCGUUCAAUCAGAUGAAAUCCAAUUUUUCCUCACAAAGCUUCUAAAUAUCGUUACAUCUUGUUUGCAAAAACAUUUCUGGGCAGAAAUAUUAGGUUUUGAUUAAUUUGGAUAAAAGGAAGCUUAUCUUGGCUAAACAGGAAACAUGCAAUCAAGAAUCAGUUUGCAAACGUCCCUGAUUUACUACAGAAAGUUAAUUGCAUUUUUUUCUUUUUCUUUUUGUGGCAGUGAAAUUGCUAAUAACUUGGUUUCCUUCUGACUCAACCCUGUCAUUUCAAAUGUUUAAGAGGAGCUGAGAUGGUUGCUCAGUCAUGCAUUCUAAGUGACACUUGCUACGCGUAGCAUUGUAGCCUAAUAUAACUUUAUUUCAAUGUUUAGCUGUUGUGUUGAACAAGGCAAAGUUCUCGAAAGUCUCACUCCCUGAACUAUAAAAUGCCGUAUUCUGCUGCUGUGAUUUUGUACUGUUGAUGACUGAAGUUACUUCACUCUUGAGUUUGUUUGUUUUGUUUUUUUUAGCAAGGAAUAAAUCAAUUUUCUUUCAGUGAAAAAGAGAACCUUAUAAUAUAUGAUACUCCUCGUCUUCAUCUCUCCCUUCCAUUCACACACACAGAUACAUACACCCAUGCAUGCACACAUACUCAAGGUUGGAUUUAGAGAGAUUUCCUUCCCCAUGGCCUCAUACAGAAAGGGAACCGGCAUUGAGGGCUUCAGGAAAAUCUGCUAUAGUCACUCACCUUUAUUCUAGUGGAAGCCUCUCUCUGAGAUCUUGAUUAUGCCUGUAAAUGGAAGGGCCUGUAUCCAGUGCAUGGCAAUCAUUAGUUAAUAUCUAUUGCUCCAUACUUAUAAGAUGAUGAAGGCAAAUUAGGUAAUUUAUUUAGUCAAAAAUAGUUUUGGGACUAUGUCUUAAUUAAGAAAUUAUAGAGUAUCUGGAAGUGAUGUUAACCCAAACUAAUAUGUGUAAGAUUGAUUUGCUUCAUCCAGGGAAUGCAACAUGAGAAAAACCUUUCUCCCUUUGGCAGCAUGACUCUUAUUUAGCAAGAAGUUGUGACUGAUUGUAUCAAGCAGCAAGUCAAUUUGUUGUCAUCCCUCUAAAUAGGUAUCUUCUCCCUAAACCAAAAUACACUGGCAAGGAAGGGACCCUGUGGGACAUGUUAUGGCCAUUUUCAUUUACAUCCUGGUUUGCAUUUCAUAAUCUGUCCAGUAUCUGUAGAAAGUUGGCUUGUUGUGAAAUUAUAAUUCUUUGCUACUUACUAAAUCAGUUUUUGAUAUUGUAUAGUUCUUUAACAUAUUUUAAUGCUAAAGCUGUGCAAGCGUUUACCCUUCAUAAAAUAUUUUCAGGAUUACUUUAAAAACCAAACAUUGAAGUAUAUAAUUGUGCACAAAUUUUUUAUCAUACCAUCACUUUGGAAAUGAUUUGAAAACCUCUUGAGAAUUUGAGCUGCAGCUGCUGGCAUCUAGAAUUCUGUUUCUUGUUAAUGGGAAUUGGGUUUUGAAAGGGUUUGUUUUUAGACCUGAGUGGCAUGAAACAGUUUGGGACAUGGUCUCAAAGAUGCUAUUUUUGGUUUCAAAGGAAUGCAGCAGCUAAACAUGAGUCCAUUAUGAGCUUGUGCAUAUAUUUAUUUUGCUUUUCUCUUGUUCCCUUAUUUUUGCUUUUCUUGCAUAAUUACUUUGAUAAAGAAAAAUAGCCAUAUGUGUGUUUGCACUAAAUUAGUAAACCCCUCAAUUAACUCCUCCCCUGGCCAGUAAAACGAACCUUGCACAUAAAAGAUUUAAAAAAGUAAUUCUGGUAGGUCUCUAGAAAAAAAACAAAAAACAACCAAGGAUCUGCAUUUCAGUGAAGAUACUUCCUUAUGAAACUUGCUUUUUCCCUGGCCAUGAACCAGCACCUAACUGAACAUCUAAGCUUGCAGAUACUAGGGAGUUGGGCAUCAUUUUGGCUCAAAAGACUUUCGUUUUGCUUUCUUUUCCUUACAAUUGGAAACUGAAUCUUUAGCACUUCAUAGUACACAUAUUUGGAAAGACUUGAGGAAAACAGAAAAGAUUCUUCUGAGUUUGUCCACUUUGACCUUUUGUUUCCUUAGAUAGUAUCAGCAGCCACUGCCACCUGCUUCAUGCAGGGUCUUUGAGAUGUUAAAUUGGUUUUUAAAAGCUGUCAAUUUGAGGGUGGGUUAGUUAUCUAGCAUUAAAGACAACCAUCUUCCACUUGAAAUUCACGGAAGUUCUGUUGUCUGCAGUGAGAGUCUUAGUACAAUGUGGAGUUGAACAUUCUGGACUGGAACAACUGUUAUACUUUUUAACCAAUCUAAAAUGGGAAUCAACUACCUUUAAAUUAAAAAUGGAAGUGUGGGAUACUUACCCUAUGCUGUAUGCUUUUAAUCUAGCAUUAAUCCACUUCAUUACUCCUCUAUGCUUUAAUGAGUUAAAAUGUGGAAACUGGGAGGGGGUGUUUUUAAAAUUCCUUGUCAUGGCAGUUGUACGGGAAUGCCUUGGUUUUUAUGUUGGAAAUUACUUUGUGUCCCUUGACACUUAAUAUGAAGCAGCACUUUUCUGUGUUUUAGCAGACUUGUACCUAUGUACUCUUUACAAUUCUGCCUAUUUUCUUCCUCUUUAAAUGAAGUGUAGAUCAACCUCAGAGAAAUUAAAACACUUUAUUAAUACUGAA